AUGGAGGUCGGAAAAUUGGUCGUGGAGAAGGUCUUGGGGAAGUCAACCCUAACCCGCUGCUUCUCCAAAUACCCAUUGAAAUUCAUCAGCCCCAAUAAGGUGGGCCCUUCCCAAAUUACCGACGCAGUGUGGAUUUACACCAUCACCUAUGGCGGAGGCAUCGUCUCUGGGGACUCCAUCGCUUUUGAAGUUGCUGUGGGGGAUGGCUGUACUGCUGUUUUGACCACUCAAUCUUCGACAAAGGUUUACAAGUCUGUUGGGUCGAAAUGUAGCCAACAAAAGUUGGAGGCUAGCAUCGGAUGCGACUCACUUCUAGUCCUCAUUCCAGAUCCCGUAACGUGCUUUUCCACUGCAAGAUAUUCACAAGCACAAAUCUUCAAACUUGUGCCUGAUUCGAACUUGCUUUUUGUGGACUGGAUAACCAGUGGCCGCCAUGAAUCAGGCGAGAAAUGGGCCUUUUCUCAUUACAAGAGCAGUAACAGCAUUCUUUUACCGGGCAACGAACCUGUAUUUCUUGACACGAUACUUUUAGAGCAAGGGAGUCAAAGCAGUAUUUCCAGCCGGCUUCAUGGCUACCAAGCAAUAGCUAUGAUUGUUCUUCUCGGGCCAAAGUUGAAGAAUAUUCAGAAUCUAAUCCAGGAAAAUGUGAAGAAGUUAAUGUCCCAACAACUCCAUCUUCCUUCAAUUAACUCACGGCGUGACUUUUCGAAACCAAGUUUUCUUGCUUCAUGCAGCACGUUUGGCCCGAAGGGAAUAGGAGUUGUGGUUCGAGUAGCAUCCAUGACAACCGAAUCUGUCUACAAUUUCCUGCAGCAGCAAUUGGCUAGCUUCGAGCCCUUGCUUGGAGCCGCACCAUAUGGCUAG